AUGUUCCAGUCCGAUGUGGCUCGUGCACUGGCGCGCUUUCUGGACAUCUUCGCUGCGCGGCACACGGGCAGCCGUCGUUUGGUGCUGGCCGGCGAGUGCGCCACGGGGGCAUGGUCUUAUGGUGGCCACUACGUUCCUUCGCUGGGCAACUAUUUGCUUCAGAACCCAGGCCCUUUCCAGUUGGAGGCUGUUAUGGUGGGCGACGGCUUGACGGAUCCAGCCAUACAGGUGUUGACGAAGCCGCAGGAAGCCUAUGCCUUUGGCCUAGUGGAUGAGACGAAACUCAAAGAGGCGCAAAGCUUGGCGCAAGAGGCGCACGCCUUGGCGCAAGAGGCUCAUUGGGUGGAAGCUGUUGAGAAACGAUCUGCUAUGGAAGACGUGGUGAAGCAUGCCUCCGAGAUCAAUCCCUAUGAUGUGCGAACCACUGAGCAGUAUGGCUGGCUGCAGGAGCGGAUGCAGAAGUUCUUUGAGAAGAAGAGCAACAAAGAUUUGCUGCACAUCCCGGAGAAUCUAACCUUUGGCACCUCCCCACAGGUGGAAGAAAACCUGAAGGCUGACAUCAUGAAGUCGCAGAAACCGCACGUGGAAAGUUUGUUGAAUGCCGGUGUGCGCGUGCUGCUCUACCAGGGGCAGUUUGACUGGAAAGAUGGCUUUGUCUCCAAUGAAGCGUGGAUCCGGACAUUGUCCUGGGCAGGCACCCAGCAGUUUCUCAGCUCAUCGCGGCAGCUCUGGCGCCGGACGGACCAGCAGCUGGCGGGCUACUGGAAGAGCUACGAGAACUUGGAACAGGUCUUGGUGCUUGGCGCCGGUCAUUUGGUGCCCAUGGACCAACCGCUCUCUGCGGUGGCUUGA